AUGGAGGCGAAAGGCAGAAACAUGCCCCCAGAUAUUAGUUUCCUUCCCCGCCCAGCGAUGGUGUGGUGUGAGCGGGGCAUCCAGGUGCUGCUGACCACCAUGGGGGCGUUUGCAGCCUUUGCCCUGAUGACAGUGGCUAUUGGUACAGACUACUGGCUGUACGCCCGGGCUUUCAUCUGCAACAGCACGGCCAACUCGUCCCAGGAGGAUUCCAACAACAAGGACAAGAAGGACCCUGGGGCUCUCACCCACUCUGGUCUCUGGAGGAUCUGCUGCCUGGAAGGCUUGAAGCGAGGUGUGUGUUCCCAGAUCAAUCAUUUCCCAGAGGACGCAGACUACGACCAAGAUGCUGCAGAGUAUUUGCUGCGCGUGGUGCGAGCCUCCAGCAUCUUCCCCAUCCUCAGCGCCAUACUGCUCCUGCUGGGGGGAGUGUGUGUUGCUUCCAGCACCUUCUACAAGAGCAAAAGGAACAUUAUACUCGGUGGAGGAAUUCUCUUUGUAGCUGCAGGGCUCAGCAACAUCAUUGGAGUGAUCGUGUACAUCUCAGCAGCGCUGAGUGACAUUUCCCCCAAGAAGGACGAGGACAAGAAGUGGCACUACUCUUACGGCUGGUCCUUCUACUUCGGCGGCCUGUCCUUCAUCCUCGCCGAGAUGGUAGGUGUCCUCGCCGUCAACAUCUACAUUGAGAAGAACAAGGAGCUGCGUUGCCGCUCUCGCACCGACCUCUUCAAGAGCACCACGCACGCCAUGCUGCGGCUGCCCAGCUACCGUUUCAGACGGCGCUCUCGCUCCAGCUCACGUUCCACCGACCCGCCGCGCUCCCAGGAGACCUCGCCCAUCGGCACCUCCAAAACCUUCAGCCUGCCGCCCUCUGCUCCGCCGUUCUCUGUGGCCACUCUGCCCAACCCGCACCACACCAGCAGUGGUGGAAGCGGAGGAGGAGGCGACAUCUCCAUGUACACCCUGUCGAGGGACUCCAAGCUGGGCAGCCUGGGAGGCGGUGCCCCACCUCUCUACGGCACGGUGGACCGCGCCACGCUCUACCAGCUCCACAACUACUUUCCAAAAGAUUCCAGUGGAGGCGGCAGCGGCGGUGGAGGAGGAGCAGUGAUAAGCAGCGGUACCCUGCCAUCUCACUCCAAGUCCAACUUGGCAGCGGCGGCAGCUGUGGCCCAGAAUGCAGCACCGCUGAAUACAUCCACAUCAGCUGCCACUCCAGCCCAGCCGGCCCCUAUAUCUACAGCCACCAUGGAGAGGGACAGGGGUAACGUGGGAACCCUGGACCGACUGACAGCCAAAAGGGACAGGGAUAGCAACUCAGAUACGCUUAACAGGAAAACUACGCCAGUUUAA